GCGAACCCUAGCUUCUGAUUUUUUUCCCACUUUCGUCAUGGCAACCGAAUCCGCCGUCACGUCUGAGUCUUCCGGCCCGGCGCCGUCGUCUGAAGCGCAGCUGGUCACGUUCAACCCAGCUGCUUCUCUUCCCCUUAAGCUGACCGCCACCAAUUUUCCAUCCUGGAGAGCUCAAUUAUUUUCUCUUCUUUAUGGUUUGGAUCUUCACGGAUAUCUUGACGGCACCGUCGUUCCUCCUGCUGCUGAGAUCCUUGUCAACAACAUUCAGACUCGGAACCCAGCUUAUCUCCAUUGGUUUCGUCAAGACAAACUCUUGCUCAAUGGCAUCUUUGCCUCGGUGUCUCCUGAAAUUGUUCCGUUCAUCUCCUCUGCUGAAACGUCGAAAGCGGCAUGGGAUAUACUUCAAAGCACUUAUGCAGGGACCUCUUACUCGAGGAUUAUGACUCUCCACGACCGCCUUCAUGGAGAAAAGCGCGGCGAUCGUGAUGUGGCCACAUACGUUCAGGCCCUUCGCUCGCGUGCCACUGAUCUUGCUCUAGCUGGCGAAGCUGUUCGUAACGAGGAGCUUGUCACCAUCUGCCUUCGUGGUCUUGGUGUUGAGUACCAAGAAUUUGCUGCUGGGAUCCGCGCUCGUGAAGUGCCGCCCCGUCUUGAAGACCUGCUGGAUCGCCUUCAAGCUCUUGAGGCUGAUCUUCGUGCUACACGACCACCUGUUGAUUCUCCUGCCACCGCUUACACCACUCAACGUGGACGAGGUCGCGGCCGCCGUGGAGGCUAUCCUGGCCGUGGUGGCGGCCGUGGCCAGCCUUCCUCCUCCUACCCUGUUCCGUCCUCACCUGCCAGCUCUCCUUCGUCCUGGGAUCCUACUUCUCGUCCGGAUGAUGAAACCCCCCGACGUUCUCGGGUCUUCUGUCAAUAUUGCGAGAAGCCCGGCCACACCGCCAAGAUGUGCUUCCAGCUCUUUCCACACAAGCGACCUCCACAGGCUAAUUACACUCAGCAUCCGCAGCAAGCUCCUCCCUCGUCUGAUGGCCCGUGGCUGAUGGACACCGCCGCCACUCACCACGUCACUAAUAAUCUCGGCAAUCUCUCCCUUUAUUCCGACUACAACGGCCCUGAUGAAAUCUAUCUGGGAGAUGGUUCAGGUUUGCGGAUUACACAUAUUGGGUCAUCUUCUCUUGCUACUAAGACUGGUUCUCUUGAAUUGAAGUCUAUGUUAUGUGUACCUGCAAUUAAGCAUCGUUUACUAUCAGUUGCUAAACUCUGCCGAGCUAAUCCAGUCUCUGUUGAAUUUUUUGCUGAUUCGUUCAUUGUGAAGGACCUAAACACGGGGGCGCGACUGCUGACCGGAAGGAACAAAGGUGAUACUUAUGAGCUCCCAGGAGGUUCGACUGCUGUCCGUGUUGCCCUAGUCACCACCCGUCAUUCGUCUGACUCCUGGCAUCGACGUUUAGGCCAUCCCUCCUCCAAAUCCUUGUCUCGCCUGCUUCAAGCCCAUUCCCUACCUCACUCGUCUCGGUCUUUGUCUCCUUGCAAUUCCUGUUUGUCCAAUAAAAGUCACAAACUUCCGUUUGGUGACUCGAGUCUUUCCAGUAGUCGGCCACUUGAUUUGUUAUUCUCGGAUGUUUGGGGUCCUGCCCCUGUCACUUCUGUUGAUCGAUAUUCCUAUUAUCUUGUCAUUGUCGAUCACUUUACUCGUUAUUCGUGGAUAUAUCCUCUCAAGCUUAAGUCUGAUGUGCUCUCUGUCUUUCUUGCGUUCAAAACUCUUGUUGAAAACUACUUUAGUACUACCAUUCGUAGACUUUACACUGAUGGUGGUGGUGAGUUUCAAAAGCUCAAAUCGUCCCUCGUCCAAAGUGGCAUCACCCAUCUUCUCACGCCACCUCACACUCCUCAACACAAUGGCUUGUCUGAACGCAAACAUCGUCAUAUUGUCGAGACUGGCAUCACUCUCCUUCACCAGGCUGACCUACCCCUCACCUAUUGGUCCUAUGCUUUCACCACAGCAGUCUUCCUCAUAAAUCGCCUUCCCUCAUCUGCUCUUCGAGGGCAAAUUCCCUUUACUGUCUUGUUCAAUGAAACUCCCCGUUAUACCAAACUUCGUGUGUUCGGCUGCCUCUGUUACCCCUGGUUACGACCCUACAACACAAACAAACUUCAACCCCACUCUCGCCCAUGCAUCUUCCUCGGUUACUCACAUCAACAAAGCGCCUAUAAGUGCCUUGAUCCGGAAACCAGUCGUGUUUUUAUUUCCCGUCAUGUUUCCUUUGUCGAGUCUCAAUUUCCUGGUGUAGCCACCUCCUGUGUUCCUCUCGAUGCUGCCACCUCCACUUCUUCGUGGCUCACGUCCACCAUUCCCGUUGUCUCAUUUAUUCCCUGCCCUGUUCCCGUCCCUCCUCCUGCCUCGGCAUCAUCUUCCUCUGAUCAGCAGUCCCCCCGCUCGCCUCACAUGGACGGUUCGGCAUCCUCACCAUCUCUGGAUGAUAGUUCGCCAGUGAACUCCUCGCCACCACAGUCUCCGACACCGCCUCCUCCGCCUCCUCCUCCACCUCGGCAUCCUAUGAGAACUCGGGCUAAGAACAACAUUAUUAAACCUAACCCCAAGUAUGCUUCUGUUGCUACCUCGCAGGUGUCGCCUCCUACUGAACCGAGCUCUGUCAAAGAGGCUCUUCGCCAUGCGGUAUGGCGUGCGGCACUCAAGACUGAACAUGGCGCUUUACUAGCCAACCGAACAAGGGAUCUUGUUCCUCGCCUACCUCACUACAAUGUCGUUGGCUGUCGUUGGAUUUUUCGCAUCAAGUGGCGUCCUGAUGGUGGUAUUGAACGUUUUAAGGCUCGUCUGGUCGCUAAAGGGUUUCAUCAGCGGGCUGGUGUUGAUUUCCAUGAGACCUUCAGUCCUGUUUUGAAGCCAGUUACAGUACGGACUGUCUUCACUCUUGCUCUCUCUUCCAACUGGCCCAUCUAUCAGUUCGAUGUCAAUAAUGCAUUCCUUCAAGGACCGUUACAAGAAGAAGUCUACAUGACCCAGCCACCUGGUUUUCGCGACCCCGCCCAUCCCGACCAUGUGUGUCGUCUCCGCCGAGCUAUUUAUGGUCUUCGUCAGGCCCCUCGUGCGUGGUAUGAUGCCCUCAGUGCCUUUCUCAUUUCAUGUGGUUUUGUCAAGACAUGCUCCGAUGCUUCGCUCUUUGUGUACUCCCGGAAUGGUGUUCAAGCAUACUUUCUUAUGUACGUUGAUGAUUUGCUGCUUACGGGUAAUGAUGCCUCCUUUCUACGCUCGUUCCAAGACAAGCUCUCGGCCGAAUUCUCUCUUAAACAGCUCGGCAAUGUUCACUAUUUCCUCGGCAUAGAAGUCCUUCCCACUGCAUCCGGGUUCUUGCUGUCUCAACAUAAAUAUAUCAAUGAUCUGCUUACACGGUUUCAGAUGCAUGAAGCUCGACCUACUCCUACACCACUAACGUCCACUGCUCGACUCACGAUCUCCACAGGGACUGCGCCGGCUGAUGCAACACUCUAUCGUCAGGUGGUUGGAGCGCUUCAGUACCUUGUAACCACGCGCCCAGAUGUGGCUUUUGCGGUUAACAAGUUGUCUCAGUACAUGCAUGCACCGUCAACAGAGCACUGGCAGCAUGUGAAACGACUUCUUCGUUAUAUUGCAGGUACUCGCGCCGUUGGACUUCAAAUUCGCCGACAGUCCACUCCUCUCACACUUCGAGUGUUCUCUGACUCCGACUGGGCUGGUGAUCUUGACGAUCGCACUUCUACCUCGGGGUUCUUGAUAUAUCUCGGAGACACUCUCGUCUCCUGGAAGUCCAAGAAACAACGUACUGUUGCCCGCUCUAGCACUGAGGCUGAAUAUCGUGCUCUAGCACUGACUGCCUCUGAGACUGUCUGGCUCCAGAAUCUACUCACUGAACUUCAUUACACUCUCCCUCAGGCACCGACCAUCUUCUGUGAUAAUCUGAGGGCGAUUCACUUCAGUUCGAAUCCCGUUUUCCACUCUCGUAUGAAGCAUCUUGCUCUCGACUAUCAUUUUGUGAGACAACUGGUCACUUCGAAGGCUCUUCACCUCCGUCACGUGCCUACUGCAUCUCAGUUAGCUGAUGUUCUCACCAAAGCACUUCCCUCUACUCGAUUUUGUCUUUUGCGUUCCAAGAUUGGUCUUGCUGACGCGUCGUCCAUCUUGCGGGGGCGUAUUAGGGAGAAUUCCCGAUAGUUGUUGUAUUACUUGUCCAACAAGUUUUCCUUCUCCUACUUGUACUUGUAUUCUACAACUCUGUACACAUGUAUCAAUAUUUGUCUCGUCAAUAAUACAACACACAGCUUAUUGCAAACCUUACAAAGUCUUGGAGGAAACUGUGGGACGGGUUGCUGAAGAAGCCGGAAUUGUAUGAGCUACGCCACUAUCUUCGGCCGUGUUUGCAUCCAGAGAAGCCUCAAGUUUUCUUCCUCAAACAUCGUAUUGAUGCCGGUGUGAUUGCUGCCUUGUCCUGCGAUUUGAGGACAGGGGGAGAGGUGGAGCUCUUCGCAGAAGCAAGAGAGUUCUUUGAGUUAUUGGAACUUGUUCCUAGCUCAGUUCUCUUGCUGGCCUACUGCGAUUCCAAGGUUCAAGGAAUUGCGAGCUGCGUACGAUGGAAGCUGCAGCUGUUGGGUUCAAGAGCAACAAUGAAACUGAUGACGGCAACACUCAUUCAAUACUUGGUACUUAUUUCUGCUUGAGACUCUCUGCUAGGGUUAGUUAUGCACUAAUGAUAAUGACUAGGAAACAAAGAAAGAAAUUAAUUAGCCAUGUGAGGACUAGAUAUCACAGUGAGACAUAUUUUUUUGUUGUUGAUGGAAUCACAGAGAGAUAUUUUACUUUACUGUCUUCUUCUCACAUGUUUUUUUUUCUGUGGCAUGCUUUCUGAUCAUCGUAUACAUUGUGGUUGCUUUGUUUCCUUAACCAACAGAGGGAGCAGAUGGUGAUGAAAGGCUCAGGUCCUAAGGAGCAAGCAUGAUGGUGUUAUAGUUUGAUGGGGGGUGUGUACAAGGCCCGGGCAAAGGUAUCCGGGGGUGGUUCGUACUAUUCAGAUAUUCACGACUCAGAACUAGUACUGGAUUUUCGUUCGGAUCAUUCAAUACGACGGUAUGAACAUGAUACCAAUACAAACCCAUGGAAAUCUCCUACUGCUACUCGGACUGUUAUUGCUAUUACUGCGCUUCCUCCGUCGUCGGCUUAUUCCUUAGCGAAUGCCCAUUAUGAAUUUAUCUUGAAUCGGUGUCAUCCAUCCAUCUACCUACCUACCUAUUUAAGGGGAAGGAGCUGAUCAACUUGUAUGGCGAGUCUGGGAAGUGUUGGGUUUCUCUUGUAUUGUUUUGAGUUAAUAAGUUCUUUAUGAAUUAUGACUCUUAACUAUGGAUUGUUAGUACUGUGCCCUUGUAGUAAAAUUUCUAACUGGAA